UUUGAAUAGCACAAUCAUGACUCAAAAACAGCUAAGCAAAUUCCUAGAUGAGAAGUUGGAAGAAAAUGAAAAGGCUACUCCUUCAGAACGGACAUUUAUGUAUGAUGGGGUGAAAUAUCCUACUAUGAUCUGUUGCCUGGAAACUCUGAAAAGGGUUAAUACUUUUAGAGCUCGAAAAGAUGAUAUCAUACUAGUAUCAUAUCCCAAAACAGGUUCAAACUGGGUUGGGGAGAUUUUAAGACAGCUGGAAAUUGCCUCUGGAAAAUAUGAUGAAGUUGAACAGAAGCAAAGGCAGCAAAUACUGGAGGAAUUAUCACUACUUCCUUUUCUUGAAUUUGGAGAUCCAGAAAAAUUUGAGAGGAUGGAAAAACUGCCUCCCAGAAGAAUUAUAAAAACACACCUCAUCCCUCACAUGUUGCCCAGGUCUUUUUUUGAAAAGAAGACAAAAAUGCUGGUUUUGUUUCGGAAUCCAAAGGAUGUAGCAGUAUCUUUCUUCCAUUUUGCCAAAGGCAUACACAUGAAUGACCAGAAUACCUGGGAUGAGUUCUUUGAAGAGUAUAUCACUGGAAAAGUGACCUAUGGAUCUUAUUUUGAUCAUAUUUCUGAAUGGAACAAGCAUCUGAAUGACAGCAAUGUAUUUUUUAUUACCUAUGAGGAAAUAAAAGAGAAUCCAGUCUCAGCACUGAAAAAAAUAGCCAAAUUCUUUGAUUUUUCUGUUACUGAAGAGGAGAUUGAGAGCAUUGUAGAGAAAACAAGUUUUGAAAGCAUGAAAAAUACCGCGGAAAACUACGGGAAACUAGGAAAGGCACUUUUCCGCAAAGGCAUAGUAGGUGACUGGACAUCUGUCUUCUCAGAAAGCCAGAAUGAAAAAAUGGACAGAAAAUUUGAGGAGACUGUAGCAAAAACUCAGCUUGGCAUGAAGUUGAAAUAUGAGCUGUACUGCAAAAACUGAAGAGAUCAUCAGUGCUGCAAAUAUCUCAUGUUCUGAUUCUCUGCGUUAAGUCAUUCAAAAAGAAUUGGUAGUGCCUUCCUCAGUCUCCAGAUGUGCUAGAUGUCAUUUCUGAUACCCGUAAUCCCAACACAGCUAUGGUUGGGUUAUAUGAUGAGUCAAAGAUUAUAGGAGCUGAAGUCCAACAAUCUGAAAAAAGCUGCUUUCAAUACACCAUUCGCUCUUUUCUCCUCUUAUGGAUAUUGACAUAUUUUUACAUUGCAUACUUAUUUUUAAGUGGAAGAACUCUUCCAGAAUUAAUUUAAAAAAAUCUAUACUUGCCUGUAAGAAUGUACUCCCUUGCUCUAUGCAAGAUUGGUUGAGAAAGCAAGGAAAUGAUGUUGUGAAUAGGUGGUAGUAGUAGUAGUAGUAACUGUGAGAAGGAUUUUGGAGUCCUGGUGGAUUUAAAUAUGAGCCAGCAA